CGUUCAGCUGGAGUUUAAAAUGUGCUGAUCCAGUUUGUGCUGCGCAAACGCUUCGCAUUCCGAACGCUUUUAUGAUGAACGGAUGAAGUUUGAUUGAUUCGAGCCAAAUGCUGAUCGCACAGAACGGCUUUUGUUUAUAAACGGGUCGAUGGAGGCUGAAGGGAACCGCUGGAGGACCACAGCCGAGAGGAGGGCGUUCUGAUCCUCUGAUUGAUGGUGUUCACUCUGGUGGGAGGGGCCUCUCUGUGUGGGGCGGCGGCCCUCGUGCUCCUCGUCAUCUCAACGGCUACUGACUAUUGGAUGCAGUAUCGUUACUCGGGGAACGCAGCCAAUCAGGGCCUCUGGAGGUUCUGCAUCAAUCGCAAGUGCCACGCCCACACGCUGACAGUGGCCUUCUGGGAUGCCACGCGGGCCUUCAUGCUGCUGUCAGUGCUGGGCUGUUUCAUUGGAGUGCUUUUGGGCAUCUCUGCGUCCAAACGGCCCCGGAGUCGACGGGUGCGGACCGGAGGAAUCGCCCUGCUGCUGUCCGGAUUUCUUGCGCUCUUGGCUUUGGCGAUCUACACCGGCAUGACCGUUAACUUCUUCGGCAAACGCUACAUCGACUGGAGAUUCUCGUGGUCCUAUAUCUUGGGUUGGCUCGGCAUCAUAUUGGCUUUUGCAGCAGGCGUUGUGCAGCUCUGUGCGUAUCAGAGGAGCGCCUCUGAAGCAGCACCUGCGAGCGUCUCUGACAGCUGAAACCCCAACAUCUCAACAUGAAAUAAAUGGCUUUUGUUCUUUC